AUGGUGGAGGAAGAUGUGCCCACAUCGCAGGAAUUUAUCCCUAAACACCUCGAGCAAGGGACCCAUAUUGGCAUCAAUCCUGCAUUUAUUUCAGCUGUGGAUGCCAAGAGUCUUGAAAAAUCUCUUGAACCUAGGGGAUCUGAGUUUGUAUCUCUCCAUCAAAACCCUGUCGACAUUGUCUGGGGCAAGGACCAACCCCCGCAUCCUCAGAACAGAGAGACAUUCCAGAGCAAACUUCAGCACUUAUGGGCAGAGAUUGCAAAGAAGAAUGCUGUUGCCUCAGUUGUUACGCUUCUUGAUGAAGUCGCAUGGCUUUUCAACCUUCAUGGUACAGAUAUUGACUUUAACCCUGUCUUCUUUGCAUAUUCAGUUGUGACCCCAACACAGGCAAUACUUGCUGCCAUGAUACAUUAUACACCAGACCUGGAUGACUGUGCAAUCCUCACCUGCUCUCCCUCAGACUCCCAUUGCCUUAAUCCUACAGACCCUGAGACGCUCUUUGGGAACUGGAAGCUGGACCAGGUGAAGUGGAGCAAGAUGCUGAGCAACUCCUCAGAGUUCAAUAUGUGCUCUGUGCAUUGGCUUGAUGUGCUCAAAGAUGGGCAUUUUAUGAUUCUGGAUGAGGAGGGGAGGGACCAGAUGAGUAGGAUUAUGCAUGAUUGGGUUCUGGGUGUUGUUGCAGGAGCCUAUGAGUUGCUCUCUUCUUGCAGUGCCACUGUGUUGUUUGUGGAUAAUCUUUCCAUGUCUGUGCUGCAUAUGCUUGGAAUGUAUAAUAUUGAACUGUUUUUCUUUUCUUCAUCUCUGAAUUGGAUACCCUUGCAUUAUCAAGAAGAGGUAUGGCCAGGAAAGGGUGAUUAUAUCACAAUCACACUUCCAUUCAUCUGGAUGAUGCAAAACCUGGUUACUCAACUGCCAACACCAAGCGAAACACCAGGUUCAGGUUCAGUCAGAUCUGCUCAUGCACAGUACAUUCCCACUGACAAAGAGCAAAUCAUUGUUACCCAAGCCCCGCUCUCUCUCAGCUUUGGCAUUGUCCUUCCCCAAAAUGACUCCACUUCCUCAUCUACUGUGCAGGCCAGUGCGUAUAUUGGUAAAAAAUCUGCUAAAUCUCUCAAUGAUCCAAAGUGCAAGUCCAUGGCAAACCUUAUGGACCAGUUGACCAGGUUCCAGCAGUCCUACCCCUCUGGACAGGCUUCAUCUCCUACUUAUGACCCUUAUAGCACCACAGAUGAAUAUUCCCAGGUGGAAUCACAGCCAACCCCUCAGCAGCAACUCAUCCAACCUCGCACUAUGCCCCCACUCCCACCUCUUCCUCCCAAGCCUGGCCAUGCUUCACCUCCUAGGAGUUCUCCCCCAAAGCCUGCUGCCCAGCAGCUGCAUCCUCAGCCAUGA